AUGCCCAAAGUCGGAAACGAGUAUAUGUAUCUGAUUUCUGUGAACCUUUUCGGCCGGACUCCGCCUCGUACUCAUCUGGUUUCUUCACUUUCACAGGAUUGCGGUAUGUAUUCUAUAAGGUCUACGCUGGGUCGCCGAACCAUCUCUACGUCAGCGCUGAGAAGAUGUUAUGAUCCAAGAAAUAGGAUCAGCAUGGCAUAUAAUGCUACUUUGAAGAGAGCUGUACCAUCAAGUUCUGAGUCUUCAAAACCACUUUUUCUGACGAAAGACUCUUUUGAAGAGCACAUAAAAUCACAGAGAACGCAAAGCGUUGGUGAAGAUUAUGGACUAAAACCAACAAAAAUGCAAAAAUUCUUUCUAUUGGCAACUCACAUAUAUGAGAAAGAUGCGGAUAUUCCUGCCUAUGUCGCAUGCACAACAUUGAACAGAAUGUAUGACCGCAUGCGAAUUCUGACCAGUACCUUUGGUAUAACACUAUUCUUCAUCGUGCUCUACUGCUGUCAACUAGCCAGCAUUAAUAAGAUCAAACAGGCUCGGGAGGAUGCAGGCUACAAGAUGCACUGACGAAAAUGUGAUAGUAUUUGAGUUAUUUGUAAGUCAAUAUGCAUUUGCACACCAUGCGCGCUGCUUGACGACUGGUAAGAGCAGAAGUUGCCCGAUCCCAGCGUUUUCUUCUUAUUCUUGUCUCUUUUGGUUUGUUUGGAUUGCUUCAGUUACAAGGUCACAUUUCUUCAGUUUACGCUAAAAAGUAUAUGUCGUUAUUUGUUGCGUGUAGUGUGCAGUAAACUUCGCAGUGUAAUUCUUCCCGCAUUAAAUUUGUAUCUGAGCAUCAGAGGCGUGAGUCAUUGCAUCCUAACGAUAUCACAGUUACCAGACUACCCUUUGAUUCAACGAGAUUGGCGGAUGGAAGGCGACCACGCGCGCCCGUGACGCAGUCUGCGUCUCUCUCGCUAAUAAGCUCUCCG